UUGUCCACACUAGCAGGUACAUCCACGCAAAAAAAGCUAAUUCGAGCGAAGAAAAAAUUUUAUCAGCGCUAAAUUGAUUUGAAAAUAACGCCUUAGCUGGCCUAGUGGUCGGGUAAAUAGUAAGCCUCACGAUGACGCGCGUUACGAGAAGUGAAAUUUCCCUGGACAUGGAGUUCUGGGUGGAGGAGCUGUCGCCGGCACAAUUGGCGUACUACGAGAAGAUCACGAACGAGCACAACGCAGUGAAGGGGGCGCUGAAGAGCGCUGUGAGCGCUAACGAGGGGAAGGAACUCUUUAGCGGCCAGGUGUUUCAGGCCUACUCCUUCAAGGGCAAGGUGCUGCAGGAGCUGAAGGAGGCCACGCUACCCAAGAAGCCGCCUAAGGCAGCGGAUCCACCGCCUACACCCGCAACCCCAUCCACUGGCACCGGUCGUGGGCGCGGCCGUCCUCCGCGGCAGCCCUCCAACAUCGCCUACCUGGAGUCUUCCGACGAGGGAGACGACGAUGUGCCACUGGCCAAGCGGCUGGCCUUGUCGGCGGGCAAAAAAGCGGUCGCUGUGGCUAAUGCAUCCUCGUCAAACAGUCCAAAACUGGGCAAAAAGGUAGCCGCUGCAUCCACUUCUUCUGGAAAGUCUUCACCCAUUCUUAAGAGCAGCAAAUUGCUGAAGGAAUCUAAGCCGGACAUUGAAUCGCCACCCAAGAAUUACCGUCCCGCCGAAGUCAACUCGGUGGGUGGCCUCGUGGUGGGCAGCACCGAUGAGAGCAAAGACACCAAGGACGGCAAGGAUGGCAAGGACAACAAGAUGCAGGGCAAGACAUACCCCUCUCUCGUUGUGCUGGCCAAGCCCUAUCUCAAAGUGAAGGACAUGGCUGCCACACGCAGUAAGCUGGACUCAAAGGUCAAGCUGGUGCUCAUGCUGACGCCUAACAAGUUUUGCGAGUGGCUGCUCCAGGAAGGACUCCUUCGAGCCCAACAACACUGCAUUAACCAUCGUAAUAACGAACUAAAGUUGGGCAUCUAUUCGGAUGUGACCAAGUUCCCCUAUACUGGUGGAUAUGUGUGGAUUAGCGAAUGCUGCCCUUAUCGCUUUGUUUCUGUGUUCAACAAUUCCAUUUUUGAAGGAGCUCAGCACCCGCCCACAUUCCUGCUUAAACUUAUCUACCACUGGGCCUGCCAGACCAGCAUACAGAACGUAGUGCAGUGGGUUAAGGUGGACAGUGUCUACAUUAAGGGAAUCUACACCUGGCUUAGGGCCAUUUGUACCUUAGCAGUGCAUCAGAAGUGCAAGAAGCUGGGAGGACCCGGCAAGUUUGUGGAGGUGGGUGUCAUUUCCCUGGGCACCACCUCCCAAGACGGCUCCCAACGCCAAGUUAAGGUUGAGGUUUUGGGCGUCUAUGACUAUGCAGAAAAAUCAAUUCGUCUGCGGGCCGUGGAGCCGAUCACCGAUGGCGAUCGCAACUAUAAAAAACGUUUCCAGGCCAUUUUGGAACCACUCUCGCGUUGGGUGCACAAGGACAGCACCAUUUGCAUUGACUUAACUGUGGACAAAAUUACCCUCUUUAGCAUGGGAUUCAAGAACAUAGUACAGGCAGCUGCUACCGACAACACGGCCAAGCAUAACAACUCUGCGGUUAUGGAGUACCUGCGUCGCAUUGUCCCGCGCAUGUUCCAGAACACAUUGUCGCUGCUCUCUCGCCAGAUGAUUCAGCAAUUCCUUGACGAACUGGUUUGGCGUGAGUCCUUCGGCACCUAUGCCCUGCAGGCAUUUAACAACAUUAUUAUACACAUCGCUGAGCAGACUAGGGUCACAACCAACGAGACCAUCACUCAGCGCCUGUAUCAGGUGGCCACCAAUCCGUUCAAGGACUGGAGUGUUCUGCCCGCUAACUACAAGGAAACACCAGCGAAUGCCGCUCCUAAGCGCCUCAAGAAACCAAUCAACGAUGCAGACUACGUUUCCUCCAGCAAGGUUUUAAAGAAGGAGAAGGAUCGCGAGAGGGAUGGAGUUUCCACUGGAGCCAAGCGCGGCCGUCCACCAAAUCCAGUGAGCACUCCGCCUCCCCUAAUGCCAAUUAAGAAGGGUCCAGGUCGUCCUCCGGGCAGUACCAACCAACCAAAAGGAGAUAAAGCAACAGCCUCCAAAGCAGGGCCAGCGUCAGCCAAAGCCCUGGCCAAAUCCAUGGCAGCCAAAGCAUUUGCAGCAAAAACAUUGGGUAAAAAACCAAGGGAAAAGGAUGAUAAGAUGCCGGUGAUUAUCAAGAAGGAGGAGGACGAUCUAAGAGGCCUCGAGGAGCUGUACUACGGCAUAAGCGAUGGCACGGACGAGUACUACGAGAUGUUCCCAUACAAUACACCGCGAACCGCCCACAUUAAUCUGGCAAAGACUGUGGAGUGUCCCAUCUGCUUGAACGGCGAUUCCUUCGAUUCUAACGAGAAGCUCCAGACCCACCUUGUAUCGCAUAUCUCUCCCGAGGGCAAGCAGCACCAGUUCCAGUGCCUGUUCUGCCUGGAGAAACACCCCACGGAGUCGGUUUUAGCCAAGCACAAUCAGAUCAUGCAUCCAACCGAGACAAAGACGGAGGGCUCGCCCUCCUACUACUGUCUAAUCUGCCAGCAGCGUCACAAUUCCUUGCACCUCCUGACAGCCCAUCUGCAGAAGGCACACAGCACGCUGGAGCUGCCAUACUGGUGUCACUCUUGCGGAUAUCGUUCAUCCUCGCACCGAGAUCUGGUCAGGCAUUUCUAUGACGACCACAAACACCAGAACUUUUUGCAGUGUCCCUACUGCUUGGAUAUAUUCUACUUCUCCAAGCGCGGCGUUGUUAACCAGCUGCGCAUUGAACACUAUUUCCUGCAUUUGGACGAGCACAUCAACAAACGGGAUCCAUCGCUGCGCUGCCAGAAGUGCUCGCUUACCUUCCUCGAGAAAGGAGAUCUUAAGCAACACGCCGUGCAGCACCAUGUCAGCAUGAUCAAAACCAACAGACCGGUGCGUCUUUUGCUUAACAACUCGUUGUUAAUUCCACCGCCGAAGAUUCGCACUCAUCACCGGGAGCAGCCUCCGUUCUCCACCUAUAAGCGACCAGUAUUCUUUGCUUUCCUGGAGGGCAAGACUUGUGCAGAGUGCAACACGGAUUUCGCCAGCGAGGAAACACAUUACACCGGCUGGCUGCACUGUGUUAAGUGCAAUUACCAGACUUGUUGCGAACGAGCGCAAUUCCGUCAUGGCGUGGACUGUAACGGAAACUUUGUGGACGCCAUGGAAGUGAAUAUGCCACAGGAGAUGCACUGCAUCUGCGGCUUUGCCACUGGCAACGGCAACAAGAUGGCCCAGCACUUGGCCAACUGCGGGCUGAGCACCUGCUAUCCCAGUUUGGAGGCGGCCAAUGAGAAUGCCGUGAAGCGCAAUAUGUUGGAUAUGUUGGGCUUGGUGCGACGCGAUGGGGAGACCUCGGGCGAGGGUGCAGAAAUAAGUGAGCCCGCCGAUGAUGUCACCGAUCAGAACUCCGACAUUAUGCCGUCGCAGGAAGAUCACCAUUUGCAGCAGCACCAUCACGAAGUGGAGCACCACCAGCAGAUGCAGGAGCAAGAACCACACGAUGAGCCUCAGUCCGAACUGCAACCUGAGUACUUAUCGGCGCCAGUGGAGCACCAACCCGUGCAGAGUCUGCCUGUUCACCAGAGCAUGCCGGUGCAGCAGCCUGGUCCAAUACAAUUCGGGGAAAUGGAGGCUGCUCCCGUAAUGCUGGACCCUCAGCAGCAGGUGCAGGCCACUCCGGACUACGCUCAAGUUUCGGUGGUGCAGCAGCACCAGCAACAGCAACCCUAUGGCUUGAGCAACUACGGACAGAGCUCGUUGGCCACAGACAUUGACAUGCCACUAAUUGGAGAGCUCUCCGAGCCAAAUGCUCCGCCGACGCCACAGUUUCUGGGCGAGGUCCACACGCCCAUGUUUGAUGCAGUGGCCGCUGCCGAGCAACAGCACUAUCACGCCCAGCACCACCACCACCCGCAAUGAUAUAAGCCACAUGGGAAGAUGAAAUCACGCGACUACACUCUCCACUGGCAGAACUACUAGUUCGAGCCAGUCCCUAACAUUUUGAUCACCCACUGGUUAUACCCCGGAUUCAUAACAGACAAACCUAAUCACAAACAAAUACAAUACGAAGGCAGUUAAAAUUGUAUAGCAUCUAUUUAAGCACAAAAUGUUAAGCUGUUUCGACAUAAAUUAACGAUUGAAAUCUCGGGUGCACAAAAGUCGAUUAUACCAGAUUCGCAUAUUUCAUAGCAAAUAGCAAGAGAUUCCCUACAGUUGGUUCUGUAUCCUUAAAUUUUAAAUAUAUCUAAUACAUUAAACUCAUUUGGAUAUCAAAAUAUAAUCAGUUGUAAAUGUCACAAAUACAUUUUAAUUUUAAUAAAUGUA